AUGAACUGCACCAUCGAGAAGAUCCUGACCGACGCCAAGACACUGCUGGAGAGGCUGCGGGAGCACGAUGCGGCCGCCGAGUCUCUGGUGGAUCAGUCGGCCGCGCUGCACCGACGAGUGGCCGCUAUGCGGGAGGCGGGGACAGCGCUUCCGGACCAGUAUCAAGAAGAUGCGUCCGACGUGAAGGACAUGUCAAGAUACAAGCCUCACAUUCUGCUGUCUCAAGAGAACACACAGAUUAGAGACUUGCAGCAGGAAAACAGAGAACUGUGGGUUUCUUUGGAGGAACAUCAGGAUGCUUUGGAACUCAUCAUGAGCAAAUACCGGAAACAGAUGUUACAGUUAAUGGUUGCAAAAAAAGCAGUGGAUGCUGAACCAGUUCUGAAAGCUCAUCAGUCUCACUCUGCAGAAAUUGAAAGUCAGAUUGAUAGAAUCUGUGAAAUGGGAGAAGUGAUGAGGAAAGCAGUUCAGGUGGAUGAUGAUCAGUUUUGUAAAAUUCAAGAAAAACUAGCACAAUUGGAGCUUGAAAAUAAAGAACUUCGAGAAUUAUUGUCCAUCAGCAGUGAGUCUCUUCAGGUCAGAAAGGAAAAUUCAGUGGACACUGCUUCCCAACCCAUCAAAUAACUGAACUUCCAAGUGAUGGCUGAAGAUUAUCUAGGAAGGAAUUUAUCUUUCCAUCUAAGUAUUAUCCAUCCAGUGUUUUGCCUCAGACUUGAUUUAGUGUUGAUUAUAGAUAUCAGGCAGCAGUUUAGAAUUCCCAGUCAAUGUUGGUGUCCACAAAAUAGUUUUGGGGUAUAUUGUGAGAAUAUACACUGAGUUUCACCAUUCCUUCCUCUGUAAGACUACCUUUAAUUUUCAUUUCUGGGACCUCGAUUUAUAUAAACUGUUUUCUGUUCUUUUGUUUUCAUAUCUCUGAAACUUUGAGCAUUUUAUUAUAAGCCAGUUCUCUUAUUUUAUAGAGGAUCAUAAGAUACACUGCUAAAGAUUUUUAAGAGAUUUAACUUUUUACAUCUUUUUGGCAUAAACCUGAAUUUUUUUUUUUUUUUUUUCCAUUUGACAGAAGUAACAUGAUUUCACAGAACUAGAUUGGCAGAUUCUCUGAUUUGUAAUGUCAUUCACCUGUGAAGUUUUGAUUCUCUCUGGUGCUAGGAGUUGGCACUUUGUGGUUGGGUGUCUUUACUCUUAAUUUGAGAGAACUUAUUGCUAAAUCCCAGGAAAUGUACUUGAAACAUUUAGCCAACUAUUUCCCCCCAGUAGUAGUAUAGUCAUCAUUUCAUUCAACGAAUGCUGAGGAAUCUGUCCUGUGUAUGUGUACUCACAUGAGUACUUUGUUCAAAUGCCAAAAGUAAUUUAUUUAUUUAAUUAAGUGUAAGUAGUCAGUUUUCGAUUUUGUCCUGCUAGGAAACCUUCAACUUAGGUAGUUUACCUAGGGUAAAGAGCAUAUCAUGUAUUUAUCCAUAUCAUAGUUCUAGAUACUAUAUUUAAUUUAUAUAACUUUUAUUUUAUAGUUAAGAACCACCAUCUACUGGAUGUCAUUAUUAGCACUGGUAUUUGGCUCUUUUGACAUAUUUUUUUUUACAUCAAUGCAUUUUUAUUAUUUAAGGAAAGUCAUUACAUUUAUAAUGCUAUAUAGGCAACAACAAAGCGACUUUGAGAUUCAAAUUCUGGGUAGUCAGCCAGGUUCACUCAUUAACUCAUUCCCAUUUCAGUUCAGUCACAUUUCGGAUCUCAAAAUUACUUUGUUAUACUAGCCAUUUAAGUUUUUCCAAUAAUGGUUCAAAUAAACCUGUCAAUAUUAUCUAGUAUCCUUAGACAUCCUAGUACUGCAUGGGAGAGACAUGAUAUUAAAGAGUUAUUUGCUAGC